AUGAGUCCCACACCAGUCACCGCUGAGAACACCUUUUCGUUAGCUGGCAAGCAGCUUAAGCUUGAUACUGCAAAGAGUAUUGAGUCCUAUUUGGGCGACUUGGACGUUCAGAAGAACGUUGUCAAGAUCGAUUUCUCUGGUAACACGAUUGGUAUCGAUGCAUCUGAAGCCUUGGCUAAGGCCAUCUUGAAGCACAGCCUGACUAUCGAGGAGAUUGACUUCUCCGACUUGUACACGGGCAGGUUGAACACUGAGAUUCCCCAGUCCUUGGACCACUUGUUGAAUGCUUUGUUGGAGUGCCCCCACUUGACCACCAUCAACCUUUCCGAUAAUGCAUUUGGUUUACAAGCGAUAGAGCCCAUUGAGGCCUGGUUGGCAAAAGCCGUCUCUAUCGAGCACUUGAUCUUGUCCAAUAACGGUAUGGGCCCAUUUGCUGGUGCCAGAAUCGGCAAGUCUUUGUACAAGUUGGCUCAGGAAAAGAAGAAGAAGGGUAGAAACUCCUUGAAGACCUUUGUUUGUGGCAGAAACCGUUUGGAAAAUGGCUCUGUUAACUACUUGGCUAUCGGUUUGAGAGCCCACAAGGACUUGGAGGCCGUUAGAUUGUACCAAAACGGUAUCAGACCUGCUGGUAUUUCUAAACUUCUUUUACAGGGUUUGUCUUACAACUCCAAGUUGAAGAUCCUUGACUUGCAGGACAACACCAUUACUACUUCCGCUGCUGUCGGGUUGGUCACAGCCCUCAAGGCUUGGCCUGAGUUGGUCGAGUUGAACUUGAACGACUGUUUGUUGAAGCCAAAGGGCUCUCUCUUAUUGGUCGAAAGACUCCUUGAAGGCGAGAAGAGACCAGCUUUCGAGAAGUUGAAGUUGCAAUACAACGAGUUAGAGACUGACGCCUUGGAGAAGCUUGUCAAGGUUGUCGAUGAGAAGUUGCCCAACUUGAAGUUGUUGGAAUUGAACGGAAACAGAUUCGAGGAGGACUCCGAGCAUGCUGACGCCAUCACAGCCAUCUUUGAAAGCAGAGGUGACGGCGAGCUUGAUGAGUUGGACGAUUUGGAAGAACCAGACAGCGAGGACGAAGAGGAUGAUGACGAGGAGGAUCCAGUCGCCAACGAGGGUGAUGACGCCAACUUGGACCAACUUGAAAAGGAGUUGGCAGGUGUCAGCAUUGAGGACAAGGACAAGAAUGUCGAUGCCCUUGCCGAUGAAUUGGCUUCUACGCAUAUUAGAAACUAA